GGUGCUUUUAGCUGACUGUACCAAAGACGGACCAACGAUAGAAACAAAUCCGACUGCCUUAAAUAGUCGACGUUAGCGCCUUAGCGGAUUAAAAGGACAGGAAAUCGCCACCAAAAGUCAUCCCGGCUCUCCAUGAAACAGCUACGCUCUGCUAGCCUUUGAGGUUUGACUUUGACUUUACGGUUUAAAUAAAUAAUAACAACAAUACUGUAAUGGCAUCUCGGUCGCCGUCGUCGUCCCCGGACUCAGCGACGGGCUCAGGUACGGACCCGGCUCGGCCCGACACAGGGGAGCCCCUUGGCGGAGCGGGCUCCGACUCCGACUCGGACCUGGCUCUCAGUAAAUUUGACUGUAGUGCGGUGGAAAUGGGGGACCGGCUGGAGGGAGAGGAGCUGGAGCGGCAGUUUGAGUGUGCAGUCAACCGCCUCCGAGACCUGGCUCAGACGGCCAGCAGGGAUCAGCUGCUGUACCUGUACGCCCGCUACAAACAGGUCAAAGUGGGGAAGUGCAAUACACCAAAGCCCGGCUUCUUUGACUUUGAAGGACAGAGAAAAUGGCAAGCCUGGAAACAGCUUGGGGACAUGGAUGCAGAGCAGGCAAUGCAGGAGUAUGUCUCCUGCAUCAAUGCUUUAGAUCCUGAAGGCAACAGCAAGGAAAGAGUGGGAGCAGAAAAGAGGUCAGGCUUAGGAGGACCAGCAGUCAGCUGUCUGUACCAGGAAGAGACGAUCAGUGAAGAGGAUAAGAACAUCUUUGACUACUGCAGAGAAAAUAACAUCGACCACAUCACCAAGGCCAUCAGCUCCCAGAAAGUGGACGUCAACACAAAAGAUGAAGAGGGCCGGGCUCUCCUGCACUGGGCCUGCGACAGAGGACACAAGGAGCUGGUGUCAGUAUUACUGCAGAACAAAGCUGACAUCAACAGUCAGGGACAGUGGAGGGUGGGGGGAGGAGAGGAAGAGGAGAAGAACAGCCCGAAAGUACAGAUGAUGAAGGACAGACAGCACUACAUUAUGCAUCGGCAUGUGAGUUUGCUGAUAUCGUCGAGCUCCUGCUGAAGGCUGGCGCUGACCCGUCCAUCAAAGACCUGGAGGGCUCUCUUCCUGAAGAAGUCACUGAAUCCAGUGCCAUCUCCUCUCUCCUGUGCCAGUACACCGCUCCAAAAGGCUAGGCCACCUGCCCAGUCACCCCUCAGCCUCAGCCCCAGUCCCUGUCCCUGUCCCUGUGCCUGUCCCAGUCUCAAGUGUACUCAACCCAAACCCUGAGCCUUCUCCCUCUGCCACCCCUAGCCCUUAAAAGACUGUCUUCAACCCCAACCCCAGUAGACCACGAUUGCAGAAGUGUUUUUAUUUGAUUUUAUUUCAAAAUGCUUGAGGUUUGUUUGGUUUCGUUGGCUUGGGACAUUUAAACUGUCCACUGUAAGUGUAAAAAAAACUAGGUGUAAGCCCUCCAGGAUUAUAAGGCACAAGAAAUGAAGCGCACCUCAAGUAUUUUACAUAUAUACUAUACACUUAUUCUGCCCCGGUCUGUCAGCCACCCAGCCCCUUCAGUGUGGGUCAGUGCCCUCUAACAGUCUCAGUUACAGCCGUUUGUUCAGUUGUGUUACAUUCCAAGGAAUGCAUUAAUCAUUUGUCAUUUAUCACUAUUAAAGUGUUCAACAAAU